AUGGAAUACGGAUAUGGAAAUCGUCGUUCGAGUCGCAGUAGUGACGAUGAAGGCAAGUCACUCUCGUCUAGUCUUUCGGAAGGAACAUCUAAAUUUUUUAAUUCCGUGAUGUCAAAGAAAAAUGGAAUAUUUAGUGAUAUUUCAAAUAAAAUUGAGACGACAUUUAGCAUGAAAAGUGGAGGGAGCAGUAGCGCUAGUAGUGGAAACACGAGUCCUGUGAAUUCACCACCCAUACCCUCUCAAUGCACUCAGUCUCCUACCGCUCAUAAAUCACCACCUGUGCGUACUAAUUCGGUUAACACCCCACCACCUCCCAGACCCCCACCUCCGACUAGGAGACCCUCUGAAAAAUGUUUUCAAAAACGUCAUCUUCCCCCUAGAAGCAUGUCAGAGUCUGUAGGAAGACGCGAAAGCGCUGACCGAGGAUCCAUGGAGGAUCCUAUCACUGUUAACGGCAUGAAUGUCAGCUUUGAUGAACCUCUUUAUAACAAGAGGGAAGCUCCUGUAGGAAGAAGCUCCGAUUCUGCUGAGGCUAGACACAGCAGAGAAUCUUCGCGUAGGGUUGGUCCCACCGGUGGCAAUAGUGCAGACAGCCGGGAUAAUUCUGCACAGAGACAAAAAGAUAGAUACACCAGACGCCAAAACAAUUUGUCUUCUUCCUCGAAUGAAUCUGAUAAACCGAACGAGCGUAGUGAUGGUAAGCGUGCACCCAAAUUGAAAACUGGACGUCGAUCCAGCACUGUUGAUGAAAUGUUAUUUGAUAAUUAUGUUCCUCCAGAUAUUACUGACAUACCAAGUGAACCUAUUUCCGGAGAUCUAAUGUCGUUUGAUCAAUCAGAAGAUCGGAAAGAAAAUCGACGAAAAAAGACUUCUCCUCAUCCAAGUCAAAGCAGUAUUGACUCUAAUGAAAGCAACAGAUUGUACACCAACACAAGUAUUGAUUCUUCAGAUGCUGAAUAUGGAGGAGUCCCAGUACAUCGCUCAGGAUCUCUCGGAUCAGAUAAAUCCUGGAGCUCCAACUACAGCAUCGAUUCCCAACCAGAUGAAGUGACUCUCGAAUGCAUGGAAUUUAUGAAAUCUUUCGUGGAUAAAGUCUUCAAUACAAGUGAUGAUGUCACACAAACAGAAAAAGCUAAAUUUGGAGAAUUGUGCCAGUAUUCCCCAGGAAGAUUAUGGUUUGCUAGAUACGUGAAUUCACAGACAGUUAAGAUGGAGUUAAAAUGUUUUCUGUUCUCUGAGGGGAUGAAAUCUGGCACCAUCAAGAUCAUGGUAGCUGCAUAG